AUGGGAUGGAGGGUCCUCACGGCGAUCUUCUGCCUGGUCAUGGCGCCGGCAGACGUCAGGGCGCUUACCGGGAACCAGUACGACCUGCACGACGACCUCCGGAGCUGGACGUGCACCGCCGACGACCACGGGUGGAGCACCGGUGACGUGGUCCUCCUCAGCCACCUGGUCGACGGCGCUUGGACCAACGAGGGUGCUACCUGUGCUGCUCUCCCGCUGCUCAGUCGCUGCCCCGACGCCGCCGCUGUCCCCGAGAACGCCAGGGUGACGCAAGAGUAUAAAACGUCGGACGGCAGCUACACCUUUGGAGUGUACUACGAGUGUGCUUCUGGCUUCGCGUGGCUUUCAGGAGAAAGAGGGAGGCUGACACAGUGCAAGGAUCGCGCGUGGACUCACAUUUUGGAUAUCUGCACUGAAGAAUGUCCUGACUCACCGGUAAAAGAUUGUCUGGAUGUGCAUAAUCUUGGCUUCAGGGAAAGUAAAUUGUAUAGACUAGAGAGCGAUGCAGGCAUAUACAAGGUGAGUGCACGAAGACCUGUAUGCUACAAACUCGCACUCAUGGGCAGAUACCUUUGUAUAAGAAACAGAAGCAAAGUCAUAUAUUCCACACAAACACUGACAACAUAUGCUGGCAAAUACAAACAUACACUUGGGCCAUAUACGAGAUUCAAAGCGGAAUCAAGCACAUUCGAUAUCAAGUGGAAGGAUCGCGUGGUAUUUCCAAUUAGGUUCUAAUAGGCUGUACAGAAACCUCAGUUCACCAUUACCACUCAAAAUUCCAUCAUUCUUGUCUCCAAAGG